UUUGUACUUAAGUGCAGUAUUGAGUAAAUGUUUUUUUUCAUAUUACUUUCUACUUUUACUCCACUACAUUUCAGAGGGAAACAUUAUAUGUUUUACAUCACUGCAUAUGUAAUGAUAUAUGUGAUAUAUAAUAAUAAUCACAAGAGCCAUUUUCCUCUAUUGAGUAUGCUACUUUUUACUUUUAAUAUUUCAAGUAUUUAUUUUUGUGGUCAUAUGUUUUUACUUAAUUGAAAUUUUCACUCCAGGACAUGUACUUGUUUUGUAACAGAAUCAUUUCACGAAGUAGUAUUAGUACUUUUGCUUUGUUAUGGUUUUGAAAACUUCGCCCGCUUUUUUUUUUUUUUUCGACCUAUCGGCAUGCGCAAAUCCGUCCUCUCCAGUCUCUACCGUUGACUGUACAUGCCCGCAACGGACGACGUGUACCUGAGCUGUAUGGAGCCGGACCGUAUUGAGCUGGACCGUAUUGAGCUGCAACGGCACUCGUGCUUUAUCAGCCUUCUUGUGCUUGGCACACUCAUUUGGCUCAGGCAGAUAGUGGUCAAUCCACAGUUCCCUUGAUGUCUAGCCACAUAAAUUUUUAAGAAGACAAAAAAACUUCCUAUGCAGUGGACGUAGUUGGAGACAAGCAGCUUGUCACACUGAAACGUCACAUUUUAUGCUGAGUGACCAAAUGGACCAAAGGUUGUUGCUGAGAGUCAUCAUCGCUGAAGAUGAUAUAAGGAAGUUGACUUUAAAUGAGAGACCACAGUCUAUUGAAGAAUUAAAAGUGCAACUCGUGGAUAAACUGUCACUGCAGUAUGACUUCAAACUGCAGUAUGAAGAUCAAGACUUCCAUAAUGCCCUCUGCAAUUUGACCGAAAUAACUGAUCUACCUGAAAGAGCUACGCUCAAAAUCAUCCCUCUUGUGACUCUCCAAUUAACCGCAUUGUCAUCACCCACCACAACAUCAGACACUGAGUGUAGCACAGCAGACACUGAGAUCCUGUCAACAGGAAGAGCAUCACCAUCGAUUAGACAACAGUGGCCAGAGUUCUUUGACAUACCCAAUUUUUCAAUUGAUGUUGAGUAUAGACUCAGACAGGCAGAUCUUGCUUUCAUGAAGGAUGAAACACGUAUGAUUCUACCACGCGAUAUGAAGCAUGACAUAUUAGAAAAGCUUGCUGAGUCGAUGUACAGUUUCAAGGCUUACCCUGUAGAUGAUGACUUCAGCAGUGUUGCAAAAGCACUGAUUAGCAAACACCCCUGCCUCACUGAGCCUGGACCACACAGAUGGUAUGGCUGGAAAAACAGUCUUAAAUUUAAGAUGGCCAAUUAUCGAACAAAGCUUCGAAAAGCUGGAUGUGAGGAUGUAGCAAUCAAUGGAGGCAAACGAAGUAAAGGCAACCCAGAAGGAGAAUCCUCAAGCAAGAAUAUCAAACGGCCAAAAAGAGGUGAAGCAAACUACCUGCCUAACUUACCUGAAGGACAUGAUGAAACAAGUCUUGAAAAUGCCAGAAAGGUUCUCGUGGAAGAAAUGAAGAAAAAACAACCCAAUGGCACUCUCAUCUCACAAAUGAUGGACCAAUCAUUCCCACUACGCAGACAAGAAAUUGUAAAAAAGGAGCCUGCUGUACACAACAUGGUUGAACGAUGGCCAGCACUCUUCACAGAGAGACAGGUGUUUGCCGAGUUUAAUAGAAUCGCCAGUAAGAAUCUUGAGGGAGACUUCUUUGAGGCUCUGGACCAGUACACCCCGCGGUUCAUCGAAAUUUUCAGAACAAAAAAGGGAACUGUUGGCCGGAAACUCAGUGAGCUGAUGCAGCACAUGAGCUGGAUGACAUCAGACGUGACAGUACUUCGCUCUGUUGUCCUCAAAGGCAUUCCGAUUUUACUUGGUGACGAGUCCAGUGAAUUCUUCAAGACAUGCUCUGAUACAGCAAGAGACGAGGCCCUAGAAUGCAUCACUGUUGGUGUGCUGACAGUUGUCAGUGAAGAUAGUCCUCACGAGGGUCCAAGUUCAGUGGACCUCCAGCCCAUCUCCACUGCCAUCAUUCUGGAGGGAGGUAUCGUCAUGGAUCGUAUUAAAAACUUGCCUCAGGCAGUUUGUCUGUUAUUUGGGCUUACAUUUGCUUUGCAUUUGGAUUACCCAAAAUGCAUGGCAAAUACACUCAACUUCAUUCAGACUGUGAUGCUUGGACUGGGAAAGAAAAACCUCCCACCAAAACUGUUAACUCUGAAGAACAGUCUCCUGGAUUAGACUAGUAAAGAGCCAUCAGCUGUCAGCAAUUUGCAAGUUAUAAUAAUGUUCUCAUGUUAUCAGAUAAAGUUUGAUGCUUUCAUGCAACUGAGCUGGCUUGUUUACGAUCUCAAUUCAA